AUGGAGCAGAAGAUUGGUGUGAAUCAGGGGACAUCAAUUCAUUCUGGUCCCGAACCUUGGUUCUCUCAAGACAACACAGCUGCUGAAGAACUUUUGCUUACGGAAUAUCAACGAGAACAAAAGAUAACAGGGUCUGAUCACCAAGAGUUGAUAACACCACUUACAAGAUAUUGCCAAGGUGAUUUGGUGCACUUGCUGAGUGUUCAACCCGGGUGUUUUUUUUCAUCACAAUCACUCCUAAAUGCAGACUCCUGUUGA